UUUAACUGGAAGAAGAUGCACAGGGGGCGAAAUUGAAAAGAGAUUUUUUUUGGUUGGCUUUUGUUUACCUGGCGUGUGUGGCAACCAGCUCGAUCCCUCUCUCUGCUUGCUAUCCCUGACCUUUCUUUCUUUUUGCUCCUUUUCAAAAAAAAUAUUAAUUUCCCCCUUCUGUGCAAUGGAGCGUGGGGUGGGGAGGAGAGGGAAGGGUUUGAGAAUCUACCCAAGCCCAGCCCCUAUUCCCCAGAACACCAAUAAUAACCCCCUUUAAAACAUUUACCUUCCUCCCUGCUCCUCCCCCUCCCCCUCCCCCCACCCACCCCCAACUCACAACUCUGUUGAGUCCAGAAGCUCAGAAUCGGGCGUUGGGCUUUGCCGGGUGCUUCAGAUCCAUGGAUGAGUUCCACCCGUUCAUCGAGGCGCUGCUGCCUCACGUCCGCGCCUUCUCCUACACCUGGUUUAACCUGCAGGCGCGGAAGCGCAAGUACUUCAAGAAGCACGAGAAGCGGAUGUCGAAGGACGAGGAGCGGGCGGUGAAGGACGAGCUGCUGGGCGAGAAGCCCGAGAUCAAGCAGAAGUGGGCAUCCCGGCUGCUGGCCAAGCUGCGCAAGGACAUCCGGCCCGAGUUCCGUGAGGACUUCGUGCUGACCAUCACGGGCAAGAAGGCCCCCUGCUGCGUGCUCUCCAACCCCGACCAGAAGGGCAAGAUCCGGCGGAUUGACUGCCUGCGCCAGGCCGACAAGGUGUGGCGGCUGGACCUGGUCAUGGUGAUUUUGUUUAAGGGGAUCCCCCUGGAAAGUACUGACGGGGAGCGGCUCUACAAGUCGCCCCAGUGCUCGAACCCCGGCCUGUGCGUGCAGCCUCAUCACAUUGGAGUCACAAUCAAAGAACUGGAUCUUUAUCUGGCUUACUUUGUCCACACUCCGGAAUCCGGACAAUCAGAUAGUUCAAACCAGCAAGGAGAUGCGGACAUCAAACCACUGCCCAACGGGCACUUAACUUUCCAGGACUGUUUUGUGACUUCUGGGGUCUGGAACGUGACGGAGCUGGUGAGAGUAUCACAGACUCCUGUUGCAACAGCAUCAGGGCCCAACUUCUCGCUGGCGGACCUGGAGAGCCCCAGCUACUACAACAUAAACCAGGUGACCCUGGGGCGGCGGUCCAUCACCUCCCCUCCUUCCACCAGCACCACCAAGCGUCCCAAGUCUAUCGAUGACAGCGAGAUGGAGAGCCCUGUCGACGACGUCUUCUAUCCCGGGACAGGCCGCUCCCCAGCAGCUGGCAGCAGCCAGUCCAGUGGGUGGCCCAACGAUGUGGAUGCAGGCCCGGCUUCUCUAAAGAAGUCAGGAAAGCUGGACUUCUGCAGUGCCCUCUCCUCUCAGGGCAGCUCCCCGCGCAUGGCUUUCACUCACCACCCGCUGCCUGUGCUUGCUGGAGUCAGACCAGGGAGCCCCCGGGCCACGGCGUCAGCGCUGCAUUUCCCCUCCACGUCCAUCAUCCAGCAGUCGAGCCCCUACUUCACCCACCCGACCAUCCGCUACCACCACCACCACGGGCAGGACUCGCUGAAGGAGUUUGUGCAGUUCGUGUGCUCGGAUGGCUCGGGCCAGGCCACCGGACAGCCCAACGGUAGCGGCCAGGGCAAAGUCCCGGGGUCAUUUUUGCUACCGCCGCCGCCUCCAGUGGCCAGACCUGUGCCCCUUCCUAUGCCUGAUUCCAAAUCCACCAGCACUGCCCCAGACGGCGCCGCCUUGACUCCUCCAUCACCUUCAUUCGCAACGACAGGCGCCUCCUCUGCCAACCGGUUUGUCAGCAUCGGACCCCGGGACGGCAACUUUCUGAACAUCCCACAGCAGUCUCAGUCCUGGUUCCUCUGAUAAGAUCAACAAAAGAAAUGACAAAUUGAAAAGAAGAGGUUCCUCAAACGGGGGGAGAAGAAAUUUUGAGACGUGGAAAAAUCCCCCAGCCCAGCCCAGCCCAGCCCAGCCCAGCCCCACCGAAAAGCAAAAAUUAGAUGUCGUCAGCCACUCAGCCCUUCUCUCCUCCAGCCCGGGGAGCCCUGCAGGCCCCCAGAAGCAACCCAGCUCUCGGAGAGCCCUCAGAAAGAGGCCUGGGUGGAGCUGUGCACCAGCAGCCAAGCAGAAAGAAACACGCAAACAGACUCUGUCAAGUUGAGGACAGAAAGAAAGAAGGAGGCGGCAGACCUGCCUUCCUCCCCAUCCCCUCCCAGCCUUCUGGGGAAGGAACGGAAUCCCCAAACCAAGCAGCCAGCACGUUCCGAAGGGGCCUGUCCCCCACCCUCACCCUUCCUAGGGGAGCCCCCCCCUCAGCCAGGGCCGGAGCUUCACUGGGGAGCUCGGAGGAGCAGCUCGUAUGGGUGAUGGGGUGCAGAUCCAGAUCCAGAGGGUUCUCCCCUCCAGACUCCACCCCUCGCUCCCUCUCUGCCUGGCCUCUGGUUUCUUCCUCAGCUGCUCUGGACUGGCAGGCAGGGUGGCCUCCACGUGCCCCCGCCCCACCCUCGGGCUAGAAGUCCCCUGGGUGGGCAGGGGCAUCCCCUGGAGCUAGUUUUGUGCUCCCGGAAAGGAGGGUGUCCCGCCAUGCCACCCUGAGCCACAGGGGCAGUUCCCGGGGCCCCAGACCCCUCUGUACAGUCCAUAGGAAUAAGUCGAAUGCUCCCAAUGGCCCGUCCCAGCCUGGGACAGACCCCUCUUCCCUCUCUCCACUGGCAGGCCGGGAAGGUCGCCCUCCUGCCACGCCAUGAGCGCGGGAGAGGCGGGCCCCAGGCCCCCUCGUACCCCACUCCCGCAUGCAGGUGCCCUCGCUCUGCCCCAUCGGGCGUGCCCCUGCCCCUCACGCAGACAGCCCUGCUGUGGCCGGGCCGGAGAGUGGAGCAGAAAGGGGAGCCCGGAGCCGAGCGAGGAGGAUGAGGCAGCUGCUGCUGCCGUCAGCUCAGCUGCCACCUGCGCUAGGUAGGCGUCCUGCUCACCCACUUUCAGUUCCUUUGGAGGGUGUUGGGGGUCUUCCUUUUUCAAAAGUGUUUCGGAGCUUUCUCUGUCCCCCGCCCCCACUUUCCCCACCACCCUGCCCGCCCGCCGGGGCCACUUCUCUCUGGAUUUCAGCUGUCAAGUCUUUACUCUUUAUUUAGGGGUGGGGCAUUCAUUGUUUGGGUCUCUUGCUGUUGCAGUUGAGAACUCCUCCAUUUGAGCAACUUGGGAACAAUUUGGCAACGCACCACAGGAAGUAGCUCCCCCACACACACAGCAGACCCCUCCUCCCCUAAGGGAGGGUUGGGGGCCUGUCCAGAGGGUCUUCAGAAGCCCCUGGGAGGGAGGGGAGCAGGCGCACGCCCGGCCCCUCCAGGGUGUGACUUGGCCCCUCUGGCUUGUCUUUCUGUGCCUUACUCCCUCCUCCCUGCAUCUCCAUCCUUGGCCCCCUUCUCCAGUCCUUGUGCCUCUCUCUCUCUCUGUCUCUCUCUCCGUCUCUCUCUUAACUGUAUGAAAACACAAAGCACAGGUCAGGAUCCUCUGAAAGUCAGUCAACCCAACAUUGCACCGUAGGGGUGGGUUCUGGGCUUUAUUUAUUGUGAAUCUGGUUUGUGAGGCUGUGGCCCCAACAGGCCUGGGGGGAGGAGGGAAGGAGGGGCAGGAGCAGGCUGGGAGGGGACGAGGGCCCUUACCUGGGACAGCAGGGGCCAGUGAGUGGCGCCUCCUCCCCAGCUGGAAGCCACAAGGUGGCUGGCCCCAGGGGUGGCUUUUGUCCGAAGGUGAGUGGAGCCCCUCCCCCAUCCGCGUGCCACCCUCGGGGAGGACCGGGACUGAGAAGCAGGGGACAGGGGAUCCCGGGGGAGCCUGGGGGGGGGGGGGGGGGGGGGGGGGGGGGGGGGGGGGGGGGGCCGGGUGGGCCGGGCGUGACGCGCGGUCAAAGUGCAAUGAUUUUUCAGUUUGGUUGGCUAAACAGGGUCAGAGCUGAGAAGGGGGCGGAAGGGACCCCCUGCCGGCCGCACGCGCCUCUUCCCUCUAAGACAAUCGGGCCGCGGGCGCUGCGGGGCGCCCGCCCGGGCGAGGUCGGAAGCUGCAGGCCAGCUGGGCCGGGGCGGGGGCGCGCCGGCGGGCUGCCGGGCGGCGGGGGCGGGGGCCCUCCUUCCCCAGGGGUCGUUGUGAGGGGCAGGCGAGGGGCGACGAGGGCGACAGGAGAUGUGGGGACUUGUUAGAAGAGAAAAAAAAACCCACAAAAAAUAUAUAUGGGGGAAAUGAACUUUUUUUUUCAUUGAACCAAGUGCAAUGCAUCAGAGAGUUUUCCUAUCUUUGUAUGUUAAGAGAUUGUUAAGAAAAAAAUUCUAUUUUUGUUGUAAUGUCCUCGCGGCUCUGGGGACGCUAAAAGAACCGGGCCUGCCCCGCCCUGCGCGGGGAUAACGAAAGCUGAGUGUUUUUUCCUUUUUUUUUUGUUCGUUUUCUUUUUUUUUUUUUAAGUCGUUUUCCUGCGUUGACGAGGAUGAUCUGGGGUUUUUAUUUGUUUCGUCGUUCGUUCUCGGUUUCGGUGGGAGGGCUGAAGGAAACGUUCACAUUUUAGAGU